CAGCAACAAUUCAAUUUAUCAUGGUCUGGUGUAGCACAACACGAGUGACGAAUGUUUGUAAUUUGUACUUUUGUACUGUACGUCUGUUUUGCGGCAUGUGAGUAAUGAGUAUGUGACUGAAUAGGUAUUGACUAUACAUUACUGUCGUUACUGUCAUUAGUUAUACAAUAUACCUAAUAGUCAAUAGAACAUACUUGUAAAACAAUACGAUAAUUAUUAUAGUGGAUUGUCGUCUUCUGUGAACCAUGGACUCUGUCGACGCUCUCCUAAGUCAGAGUGUCUUGAAACCGGGUUUCCAAAAAAAUUACAAAGUACCAGUGAAUGAAAAGAGUUCAAAGAUCAUCAAAAGAAAUAAAAAGAAAGAAGAAGCAAAGACUAAAGGCAAAAAUUGGUUUAAUUUACCAGCUACUAAAUUGACAGACAAUGUUCGACACGACCUUGACUUAAUUCGGAUGAGAUCAGCAUUAGAUACUAAACGUUUUUAUAAAAAGAACGAAACUGAAGCAUAUCCAAAAUAUUUCCAAGUUGGAACAGUACAAGAUUCAGCAUUUGAAUGCAAAUCUGGUCGUCUUACUAAUAAGGAACGAAAACGUACAAUGGUUGAUGAACUUUUAGCAGAUGCAGAAUUCAAGCAAACAACUAAGAAACGCUACAAGAAUAUAUUAAUGGCUAAUCCUAAAUUGGCAUCUAAAAUAAGAAAAGAAAAUAGGAAAAUGAAUAAACUAAAAAAGAAAAGAAAAUAAUUAUUUGUUUUAAAACAUUUCUUUUUGUACAUUUUAAAAAAUAUAAAUUUAUAAUUUGAU